AAUCGAGAGCACGGCGCCGUUCGCAUGCCCAAGCACAAGAUCCAACGCCGCACGAAGAACGUGGAAGCCAUUGUGUUCACGCUGGACGAUGUCCUGUACGACCACACAGGCACACUCAGUGGUCUUGCUGUUGAGCGAGCGUUUGACCAGCUUGUUGAGGUUCACUCGUCUCGAUUGCGCGCUCCGUCACGUCCACCCAUGUCAUGCACAGGAAGGAACGUUCGACUCGUUAGACGAAGCCCACGAUUCGCUGCGACGCUUUCGGCACGCAUUUGGAUAUCGCAAAAACUUUGCACUCUUCGUGGACGAUUUGGUGUCUGGGGGCACUCUUACUUCCGACGCCGCGCAGCGCGUGAUCGCCGAGUACAACGCCAGUGCUUUUGUUCUGGGAACUGCUCCACACAUCCAGCCAUUUCCGAGUACCGUGCCUGUUCUUGAAGCGCUCAAAGAGCAAGGGUACAAGCUGGGGCUGCUUUGCUCAGGGACGCCAGAAUCGCAGUGGGAAAAGAUUCACACGUUGGGUGUGGCAUCGUAUUUCGACCACGUCCUCGUCGUUCCGGCGGGCAACCUCUCUGGCGACGGCAACCUGUCCAAAGUGACGCCGGUGCUCAAGAACAUGGCGAAGCAACUCGCUGUACCAACCUCCAAACUUGUGUUGGUGGGCAAGCGCGUGUUUGCCGAGCUCAAGGCGGCCAAGCAAUUGGGGCUCGUCACCGUGCGAAUGGUCUACGGGAAAUACGCCAAGACGAUGCCUGCAGACGACCUCGAGCAGCCGCAUUACCAGAUGUCGAGCUUGGACCAACUGCCUGCGAUCCUCGUCCUGGCCGAGGGGCGGCGCCCCAGACCACACAUCGUCGCGCUCGGUGGAGGCACGGGCCUCGCUGUGCUGCUCAAAGCGUUGCGCGAAUACCCUGCUGACUUGACUGCGAUUGUCACCGUGUUUGAUUCGGGGCGGCAUUCCGGAGAGCUUCGGAAAACGCUGGGCAUAUUGCCGCCCGGAGACAUUCGGAAUUGCCUCGUCGCGUUGUCCGACUCUGACCAGGUGCUCCACCAGCUCAUGAACUACCGCUUCCAAGACCACUACCUCGAAGGCGCGAGCCUUGGAAACCUCCUCCUUGCCGCUCUCACGGACAUCCACGGCGGCAAGUUUGACCAAGCGAUUGCGUCCAUAUCGGACAUUCUCAACAUCCGCGGCCAAGUGCUGCCGGCAACCCUCGAUCAAGCAGAGCUGUGCGCUGUCCUGACCGAUGGAACGACCGUCGUGGCGGAAGAAAACGUCCGGAGCCCCAACAAGUCGGCGCCAAUCGACCACGUCUUCCUCGACAACGCGUCCGUGACGGCAUAUCCCGCCGCAGUUGCCGCCAUCGAAGCCGCCGAUAUCAUUCUCAUCAGCCCCGGCGGGUUCUACACGUCCAUUAUCACGACCUUGCUCGUGCCAGGCAUCAAGGACGCGAUCGCGCGCGCCACCGGAGCAGUCGUGUACAUCAGCAACGUGGCUACGCAGCACGGCCAGUCGGACGGCUACACAUUGCCGCAGACCCUGCGCAUUCUGGCAGAGUACUUGGGCGACGACGUCGUCGACUAUGUCAUUGCAAACAACGCAAGGCCGCCGACGCUGCCAUUCCAGCAUGGCGAGACGCUGCUGCUUCCGACGAGGGAGAUGGAGAUGGCGGAGCGGCCGAUCCUGGUCCAAGGGCGGGCGUUCAACGAUAUGUCUGCGUUUGACGUCGAGUGGAAGAAGGUCCCGAUGAUCAAGCACAACGGGGAAAUGGUGCUCUCGAUGCUGUACCGAAUCAUCGAAAAGGAAAUGGAAGGCGGCAUGACCGAACGCACCAAGACUCAGUACAUGCAGCUGCCGUCGCGAGGUGGACGAGGCAGUGCGUCGCUCCAGCCCCGGUCACCGAGUCGUCGAUGUCUCGACGACUCCGACCGAAGAGGCAGUCGUCGCAGCGCAACUUUCUUGAUGUCACUGGGAUUCAUGGCUGUGGUAGUUGCCACGACUGUAGCUGUGACCAAGGCGCUUCUGCGGCGACGGUAGUGUGCCAGGAAGCCAAGAAGUCCCAUGAGCGUCGGGCUAAAGCACACUAAAGGACUUGCCACUGACGCCAUGCAUCUACAUGGGAGCCAUUCCACCAGGUUGCCCCGAAACCCACGCGGGUGCCGCCCACGGUGGUGAAGUGCAUCAAAUUCGGCUUAUUUCGACAGGGGGUUCUCGCGCAUUUCAAACUGGAGCGGCGGCUGCAAUUAACUCGUGAGGAGCUGCUCGACAAAUACCCGUAAUUCGGUGCGACUCAAGCGGCCGUUCUUGUCUUGAUCAUACGCGUUAAAGCACGCGUCAAAGUCGAAGCCUUGGACGUCGAGACCGAACGCAGUCAUGUCAGCGAUUAGCUUGUCCACAAACUUCCGCGCUUCGUCGCGCUCGAGGAACCCGCUCGCGUCGCCGUCGUACGUUGUCCAGAUCUCGGCCAUGUACGAAUCGAGGAAGGCUUGGGUCUCGGCUCCAACCGCAGCAGUCUUCUCGUGGGCGAUGUCACGAGCCUCCAUGAGAUGCUCGACAAACACACGGGCUUCCUUGCGGGACAGACGGCCAUUCCCGUCCUGGUCGUAUGACGCAAACGCCGCGUCGAAGUCAACGUCGACGGGCACGUCAACACCUUCGUUCGCGAGCUCAUCCAGCAGGCUCAGGACAAACACCUUGGCUUCUUUCUUGUCCAAGUACCCGCUUAAGUCGCCGUCGUACACAUUCCACACACCCUCCACGUACGCAUCGAUAAACUUGCCCGCCAUCGCGCGAUGCUGCUCUCUCGCUGGCGGCGGG